CACUAGCCGCACCCUCUCUCUUUCACAGUUGGAGUUGCCAAUACAAUACAAAAACAGGAGAGAGAGAAGAAAUAAGGGAGGAGGGGAGAGAGAGGGGGAGGAAAAAAACCGGGAGAGGUCAGGGGAGGGGGAGAAGAGAUAAACGUAGAAGUGAAAGCCUCGAGCCCGUGUCUGGCUCGGCGGCGGCCGGGAUGCGGCUCCACUGCUCUCUUUCCGGCGGCGCGCCGCGGCGGGAGGCCCCAAUGGCGCGGGACUGAUCGGUGCCGCCGGCGGUUUCGGCUGCGGAAAGUCAGACCUUGCCGGUGGAAUGCACGGGCGGCGGGGUGGCAAGGCCGGUUACUUCUUCCUCAAUUCGAGAUCCGUUUCCCUGAUUGCGUCUGUUUCUUGAUUGUUUCGGAGGUCGGAUCCUUAAUUUAAGGAGAAAAGGGGGCGUUUGCAGUUUGCAAUAAGUUUGAAGGCUGCUCUGGUCAUGUUGGGGACCAGCGCAUGAUAUUGUCCUUGGAGUCAGCAAGCUCAUCAAACUCGGCCCCUGGUUUGACCCUCUCUGAAGAGCUCGCUUCUGGAAGCAGGAAGUGUGCGUUUGAGCGCCUGGGGGUGGUGUGGGCACAGAAGGGAGGACAGGUGGAGGUCCUGAUGAAUUGUUGUAGCACGAAGAAUGAAGUUGCCGGUAGUUCAGAGAAUCCUGAGACCAAAGGUUGGAGCUCUGAGAUGGAGGAUGUUGAUCAGCACGGUGAGCUCAACACAAGUGAGCUUAUCGGAGGGAUCGGCCGGGAGUUGGCCAUUUCCUGCCUGCUCCGUCUUCCCCGAUCUUACUAUUACGACGUGGCAUGUGUUAACCGGUCUUUCUACUCCCUUGUAAGGUAUGGGGAGCUUUAUAGGUUGAGGCGGGAGGCCCGGAUUGUCGAGCAAAUGAUCUAUUGCUCAUGCAAUGUGCUCGAAUGGGAUGGUUUUGAUCCGUGCCGCCAACAGUGGUUCAGCAUCCCUUCCAUGCCUCCCAUAGAAUGCUUCACACUUGCUGACAAGGAAUCCCUGGCCGUGGGCACCAAUAUCCUUGUGUUUGGAAGGAAGGUGGAGGCCCAUGUUGUGCUGAGGUAUAGCCUUCUAACUAACUCUUGGACAACAGGACAGAUGAUGAACACACCAAGGUGCUUGUUUGGCUCAGCAAGCUUUGGUGAGAAGGCUAUUGUGGCUGGUGGUAUUGGUGAGAAUGGUACAUUGAGCUCUGCUGAGCUUUAUGAUUCUGAGAAGCAGACUUGGACCACUCUUCCAAGCAUGAACAGAGCACGGCAGAUGUGCUCUGGUUUCUUCAUGGAUGACAAGUUCUAUAUCAUUGGCGGGAAAGCCGAGAAACAAAAUGAGAUCCUUAGCUGUGCUGAGGAGUUUGAUUUGGAGAAGGGCACCUGGCGGCUGAUCCCAGAUAUGGCACAUGGCCUUAAUGGUGGGAGCGGCGCUCCACCUCUUGUUGCUGUUGUGAAUAAUGAACUUUAUGCUGUUUAUUAUGCGUUGAAGGAGGUGAGGAAAUACGACAAGAAAAAUAAUGCUUGGAUCACUCUUGGAUCAUUACCUGGAAGGUAUACUUCAGUUCAUGGCUGGGGCUUGGCUUUUCGUAGUUGUGGAGAUAUGCUCAUUGUCAUUGGUGGAAUGAGUGUUGGUGGUAGCGGGGUUAUUGAAAUUUGUUCCUGGGUACCCAAUAAUGGACCACCAGACUGGAAGAUCAUUGGCAGCCGCCAUUCUGGAAGCUUUGUGUACAACUGCGCUGUGAUGGGUUGUUGACAUACCAGGCCCUCCGAAUGGGUAAUUUCUGCUUUCUCUGGCAUUUUAGGCUGAGCUGAAGGUUGGGUAGAACUUUCUCAUGUAGCUUCUUACUUGCUUAUUGUAAUCUCUUCAUUUUAAUUCCAUUUGGAGGGCCUGCAGAUGAUAUCCGGAAAGACAUGCAGUGCAGCAUUAGAUUAAUAAUUUGGUGCAACCUCAAACAUUUUGAUCUGCCCUGGGUACCUUGAUCAAAGUUUUUUAGCUCCAGAGAGUAGCCUUACAUUGGCAAACCAUUUGCCCAUAUAUUGUAAGAAAUAAAGGAAGAAAGAAAUAUGUCCUUGUUGACAAUUGUUGCC